AUGUUUGGCUUUUCCCAGUUUGUCCUACGUUGGAAGCAGGGGCAAAAUGAGGGAAGCUGUCAGCUGUUGGUCCAGUCUUGGCUGCGUCUGGGCUAUUACUACACGGACUCCUCCCCAGAGUCCUGGAGGAGGGGCCUUCCUGGCCUGGUGCUGGCCAGAGGCUUCCUGCCUCGGGCUCCCUCCUGCCUUCUGCCCUUUCUGGAGCCCCUGGUCCCGCUGUUUCUAGAUGAACCUUUAGCUCUCCGGCAUGCCUUGGCCAACCGAGGUCAGUACGACGCCUCCGUCCCCUGGAUUCCUAUGUAUCACAGGAUCCGACAUUCCGAGUGCAUUUACCGGGUGACAAUGGAGAAGCUGUCCUACCACAGCAUCUGUACCGCGGAAGAGUGGCAAGGCCUCAUGCACUUUAACCUCCCGGUGCGCCUCUGCAAGGAGAUCGAAUUAUUCCACUUUGACAUUGGUCCUUUUGAAAACAUGUGGCCUGGGAUUUUUGUCUACAUGGUCCAUCGGUCCUGUGGGACAUCCUGGGCUACCCCUGAGCUCUUUGCCAGGGUGGCUGUCCCUUGGCUAACGACCGUGUCUCUACUAGGUGAUGAUAAAGAUACAGAACAGCUGCCGCGGCGGCUGGCUCCAGUGCUCUCCCCGAUCUUCUCCGGCCCACCCCCCGAACACGCUCCGGCCCAGGUCACCAGCGCCCUGCACCGUGCCAACGGAGGGACCCCCUGCUGCUCCCUCGCUCCCGCAAAGCGCAAAGGGCUGCUAAUUGCGUGUCUGUGUCACGACCUGGACCACAGGGGCUUCAGUAACAGCUACCUGCAGAAAUUUGAUCACCCCCUGGCCGCCCUCUACUCUACGUCCACCAUGGAACAGCACCACUUCUCCCAGACGGUGUCCAUCCUGCAGCUGGAAGGGCACAAUAUCUUCUCCACCCUCAGCUCCAGUGAAUACGAACAGGUGCUUGAGAUCAUCCGUAAAGCCAUCAUUGCCACGGACCUUGCUUUGUACUUUGGAAACAGGAAGCAGCUGGAGGAGAUGUACCAGACCGGAUCACUAAACCUUAAUAAUCAAUCACAUAGAGACCGUGUCAUUGGUUUGAUGAUGACUGCCUGUGAUCUUUGUUCCGUAACAAAACUGUGGCCGGUUACAAAACUGACAGCAAAUGAUAUAUAUGCAGAAUUCUGGGCUGAGGGUGACGAGAUGAAGAAGCUGGGAAUACAGCCCAUCCCCAUGAUGGACAGAGACAAGAAGGACGAGGUCCCACAGGGCCAGCUGGGCUUCUACAACGCUGUGGCCAUCCCCUGCUAUACGACCCUCACCCAGAUCUUCCCGCCCACGGAGCCUCUCCUGCAGGCGUGCAGGAAUAACCUGAGCCAGUGGGAGAAGGUGAUCCGAGGGGAGGAGAGUGCCGUGUGGGUCUCGUCCCAGCCGGGGGCCCACGAGCCAUCCGAGAAGCUGCCAGUGAAGAUGGGGGACUGA